GUCGAGGAGGACCUGUAAACUGGCCAGCCCGCUCCCCUGACCUUAUUCCUUUGGAUUUUUGCAUAUGGGGAUAUCUGAAAUCUUUGAUAUACACAAACCCAGUUGAAAAUAUCGAUGAUCUGCAAAACCGCAUUGUAGCAAGUACUUAAUGUGCUUAGAUAUUAAUAACUUGUAUGGGUGGGCUAUAUGCGAACCCCUAUCAUACAAUGGAUUCAGAUGGGUAGAUGAUAUUACUAAUUUUGAUCCUAUGACAAUACCAGAUGAUUCUGAAGAUGGAUAUAUCCUUCAAGUUGAUUUGGAAUUUCCGCGUAAAUUACAUGAUUUGCAUAAGGAUUUUCCAUUUACUGCUGAACAUCGUAAACCACCAGGAUCAAAGUUAAAUAAAUUGAUGACUACAAUUCAUGAUAAAUCAGGAUAUACAAUACAUUAUCAUAAUUUAAAGCAGGCUUUAGCUAACGGUUUAGUGUUAAAAAAAAAUACAUAAAAUUUUGACAUUUAAACAAUCAACUUGGUUAAAACCUUAUAUCGAGUUAAAUACUCAACUAAGAGCUGCAGCUACAAAUUAUUUUGAAAAAAAUAUUUAUAAACUAGCUAAUAAUGCAGUGUUUGGUAAGACAAUGGAGA